AUGCUGGCAUUAAAUACGCUUUCCAAUAAUCAGAAAACACAACUCAGAAAUGCAUUUACCUUAAUAGAUGGAGAAUCAAGAGAUUCAGUGAUAACGAAACAAGAUUUGAUUAAUUUAUACAAGACGUUGGGAAUAAAGGUACCAACCGAUAAGCAGCUAGACUCGAUGUUAACGGUAGAUGGAUCAUCAAAAAAAGAGGAAAAGAGUAUAAAUUUCACCCAGUUUCUGAACAUCAUGGCUAAAGAAUUGCUGCAGUUUGAAGACAGGGAAACCAUAUAUAAUGCGUUGAAAGUGUUUUCAGAUGAUAAAGAGAGUAAAGAUCUUACGAUUGACGUUGAAGCAUUGAAAGAAGCGUGUUGUUCGGUCCAGUUAGGUGAAAUUGGAUCCGGUGACCACAGGCUCUCGAGGGCUACGUUUGAUAAACUCGUAGAUGGGUUUGUUAAGGAACAGGUGGAUGGACGCAAAAUUUUUCUGGCAUCAAAAUGGAUAGAUGCCUAUAUUGAUUAA